UAAUUCAUUAUUGUCUCAUGCAAACUCCGGCGCUUACGAAGAAUUAGUAGACACAAACCUAAUUAAACCAUAGUCUAACCAACGAGACAUGACGGAAGAAUUCGACACUACGGGAGUUUGUACCGGAACAUGGUGGAGCUCCUCCAACGGCGUGUUCUCCGGCUGUUCUCUGCCACGUUCCGCGGAGAUUGUCGUCGAUCUCGGUGGAUUUGAAUGGCAAAACAUUGAUACCCUUGAUGCUAAAACCUACAAUGAGAACUAUCUUGAUACUUCCACAUUCUUAGGCAAUACAAAUCUUGAUACCACCUCACAAAUCUACGUUUCGAGUCAAUCUAACAUCCAUGAAGAAGAACGAUACAAUCAGAUAAAUAGUUUUCUAGAAGGAUUGUUUGAUUCUAAUGAGCAAUUAUUGGUUCCUAACUGUCCCAAACCAGAACUAUUCGAAAGCUUUCACUUCUUUGAUGACGUUUUCUCGAACGAAUCAAGAAUGAUAUCAGUCUUUGAUCACGACAAACCCAAGGACGACAUGCAAGCCUGCAAGAGUCUGAUUACUUGCAAGAGAGCAAGUGAGAAAACUGAAGAACACGAAGAUAUUGAGUCAUCACAGCCAUUAAAAAGGUCAAGACUUGAGACACCAUCUCACUUUCCGAGCUUCAAAGUUCGUAAAGAGAAACUCGGAGAUAGAAUCACCGCGCUUCAACAGUUAGUUUCACCCUUUGGCAAGACAGACACUGCUUCUGUCCUCCAUGAUGCUAUAGAUUACAUCAAGUUUCUACAAGAACAAAUCACUGAAAAGGUCUCGAGUAGUCCAUACCUGAACUCUAAAGGAUCUGGUGAUCAGAAGCAGUGGUCAGACAAAUCAAGCAAUAAUACUCAUAAUCAAGAUUGUAGUCCAAGACUAGAUCUUCCAAGCCGUGGUCUUUGUCUGAUGCCGAUCUCAAGUACUUUCUCCACUCCUCCACAACAUUUGGACGCAUCUAGUUUCUGGAAUUAGACUGUUUUAAUGAAGCAAAAAUAUAACAUUACACAUGAACUCAUAGAUUAGUUUUGUUCUAUGAACUGUAAAGUCUGAUGUUGGUUUUGUUUAUAAAAUGUGAUGUCUCGU